CAGACCAUUCCGAAUGGGUUAUGUCCAUGACUCGCGUAGAAGCAUGCAUGGAUUCUGUCAGUAUUUAGUAGGCACUCUCGAUCUUGAUCCCUUUCCAGAUACUCCCUCAAUCUCUAACCCGUCCAACCCAUCUCAAACAACAUGUCGUCCUGCACAGUCUGUAAAAAGGGACCUCCCCAGGUCACCCUAAAAAACUGCGCAAAGUGCUCCACAACACCAUACUGCUCCCGCGACUGCCAAAAAGCCGACUGGAAGUCCCACAAAAAGACGUGCGGCCUCACCGACGCCUCCGCACAACCCCGCGCCGGCAACACCACAUCCACCGGCACCGCGCUAUCCCCGCCAAAGGGCCUAGACCAACCCAUCACCCGGCCCUUUACAAAGCUAGACAACGGCACCUGGCUCCACGACCGGCCCGAGGCGGACGUCUACCGCUUGCUUAUUGACGCCUACCGCCUGCACGUCGAGGACGAGUAUAAUAUCGACGGGGAGGCGGCCGAGGACAGCAUCUACGGCGGCGCGGAGGACGGACUGGAAGGGUUCCGAGGGUUUGUGAAGAAAGCUGCGAAGCGGAAGGGGUUGUUGCCCGCUUGGUGGAGUUCCGAGAAGCAGGCGGCGUGCGAGCGCUUGGGCGGGGCGGAGGGGGAUGAUGAUGAUGAUUAUUAUGACUUGGGGUCCGCUGUCGAGAAGGCUGAUAUCAUUGAGCGUUAUGGCGACCCGCGGUUCCCGAUGCAGCUGCGCAUGUUUGCCGAGGCGGUGAAUUUGAGGGGUCCGGGAGGGCAGGAUGGUACGCCGAUGAGGAAGAUGAUGGCUUCGAUGGAGGGCGGGGCGUAUGGGUCGGAUUUCAGGUCGUGA